AUGCAUAAAAUGCAUAUAGACUACAAGUAUAUAGUAGUGGUAUUAAUAUAGGAUUUACAUUAUUAUAUUGUAUAAUUUUUAUCACAAAAUUGGAUUUGGGAAUUAAAGGAGCAUCCAUAAUUUUUUCACUCACAGAAUUUUCAAACGUACUUAUAUGCUAUUUAUUUGCAAAAAGAGUUCCUUAACUAUCAAAAUGCUACAUUCCUUACACAAAUUAAUGCCGAUAAGACCUUCUUCCUUUCUUAAAAUAAGCAGUUCCUAUUGGAUCUUUACUUUCACUUGAAUGGAUGCUUUAGGAAGCUAAUUCUAUUAUUGCUUCUAACUUAAAUGCUUAAUAGUAUUCAGCUCAUAUUGUACUUGCAAAUUUAUUAGCUGUCUGUAAUUAGUUUGUUUUAGGUUAUUCUACUGCUGCCUGCACUUUUAUAGGAAAUGAAAUGGGUAGAGGAAAAGUAGCAAAUGCUAAAAAAUAUUCUCUUUAUAGUCUUUGUAUUGUGGUUAGUCAUUUAUUACUAACAGUUACUCCAGUUUACAUUAUGUAAAAUAAAAUCGCUGAAGCUUUUGCUGUUGAUAAUAAUGUAAAGGAGGAAUUAGUUAAUAUUUUUGGAUUAUUUUUGCUUGUAUAUUGCAUGGAUUCUUUUUAAUGUUAUAUCACUGCUUUUAUGA